GACGCCCCAGUCUCCGCUGGACUUCGAGCUGUGUACACGCGUUCUCAUUGCACAGCUCUAGCCAUUUUCACGCCACUUCUCUUUGAUCAUUACACUUUUGAUAGUGAUUAGUGUUAACCCUAGUGCCGUGGCGGACUUCACCACUUGAAAUUUGUUGGAACCAUGAUUAUUUGAUAGGCGCUCGUAGUGUACAGUUUAGUGUAGUGCAAGUGAUGUGUAUGUGAAGUUAGCAGCUAUGUCUUCUAGAACGGGCCAACGUGGCCCAUCGUUGUCUACGAGCCAACGCAAGCAUAGGUCCAGGUCAGCACCGCGGUAUGACCUCGAGAAAAAACCAAAGAAGAAGGAAGCAUCGGGCACUAGCAGUCUGGUCUCCAUCCCCAAUAGCAUUAAAUUGACGAUGCUUAACAGCGGUCUUAUUUCCUUCGACCGAGUGACCUUUAAGCCUGAGACUGAUGAAAAUGGCUCCGUGUCCGAGACGAUACCAGACAAGCCAGUGGAGCUGAAGAAUUUUCCGAAGCUGUGUGAGCAACGGCGCAAGUUCCCAGUCCUCUACAAGCUUGAGUUUCAGACGGCGACCAAGGUGGAGACACACGCUUGCCGACAUGCAACCAAAAAGACUAAUUUACACAAAAACCAGAACCAAAAAGUCAUUCCUUACGACUACAACAGAGUGGUGCUACAAACGGUAGAUCGCGAGCCAGAUUCCGACUACAUUAACGCUUCCUAUAUAGAUAGUAUAUUAAAACCAAACGCGUACAUAGUGACUCAGGGGCCAACAGAAGAGACGGUGGUGUCGUUUUGGCGAAUGAUUUGGCAGGAACGAGCCGCCGCCAUCGUUAUGCUUACCAAGACUUUUGACUUCAUUAAGGUCAUGUGUGUCCAGUAUUGGCCGGCCAGCAAAGACAAGGACGAAACAUAUGGAGACAUAAGUGUAGGAAUAGUUCAAGAAGAGGAAUUAGCUAAUUUUCACAUACGAACCUUUCGACUUUAUAAAACUGAGAAAAAUGUGGUGAUAGAAGAGCGUUUUUUACUUCAAUUUCAUUAUACACAGUGGCAUUCGCAUACUUGCCCAUUCGGUAAUGCCCUAUUAGAGUUUCGAAGGAGGGUCAGGGCCGUGGUUGGAAGAAGGUUAGCAGCCAGCACCGCGACGGGACCAAUGGUAGUACACUGCAAUGACGGUGGUGGACGUUCAGGAGUAUACCUAGCUGUCGAUGCAAAUUUAGAAUUGGCUGAAGAAGAAGACUGCUUUGACGUUUUUGGUUUCUUAAAAAAGCUACGACAAUCUAGAAAAGGGCUUAUUGAAAAUGAGGAACAAUACAAAUUCGUAUACGAUACUCUUGAAGAACACGUGGUCUGCGGCGUGAGCUGGUUUCCCGUAUCAGAGUUGUCUCAGCGGCUGAAGCAAAAGUCUCAAAGAGAUCCCGCGACUAAGCUCAAUGAAUAUCAGAAAGAGUACCAACAAAUCUGUAAGCAAACUCCAAGAUUCACGAUCGGUGACUGCGCUGGUGGUCAUAGAGGGGAUAACAGAGAGAAAAACAGAGACGUUCUUGUUGUACCACCCGACAACUUUCGACCAUAUUUGACAUCGUUUCAAGGCAACAGUUUCACCGAUUACAUUAAUGCGGUUUUUGUAGACGGUUACACAAAACCUCGUGAAUACAUAGUGACUGAGUGGCCAUUAAUACGAACUCAAGGCGAGUUCUGGUCCCUCGUGUACGACUACGAGUGUGCAGCCGUUGUUGUUCUCUGUGUUCCUCCUAAAAACUCUCAACAGUAUCCUCCAUUUUGGCCUGAAGGACGACAUUCUAAGAAAUAUGGACCCGUGUUCACUAUCGAUCACGUCUCACACAACCAUUACACUAAUAUAAAAACUUGGAUAUUUAGAAUUAAUAAGAAGAUCGUAUCGCUAACAGAACUAAUGGCGGGUGUAAAAGCUCCGCCUAAAACAGUACAGCUAUUCCAGCUAACUUGCUGGCCAAUGGGCCACAAGGUGCCAUCUUCAACCAAUUCACUCGUGGAACUCAUGAACAUGGUUGAACGCUGGAGACAGAGGACUGACUAUGGGCCUGUCUGCGUUGUCUCGCCUGAUGGUCGAAGUCGAGCGGGAGUCUAUUGUGCAGCCAACGCUUGUAUAGAACAAGUAAUCCAACACGGUGAGGUUGACGUGUUUCAAGCCGUCAAGACUGUACGCCGACAUCGACCUCAGCUUGUCGAGAAUAUGACGGAAUAUAAAUAUUGCUACGACCUAGUUUUGCACUACGUACUACACUAUUUAAAUAAAGAUAUGAAUGAGAAGAAGUGAGAGUGCGAGCUCAAAGACGAGCUCUGGUUCAUAGAGUUCGGGCGGGGACCUGCGUUACCUACGACUCCCGAGGAGACCAGCCCUCCCAUGGUCCCACGUGCCCCCCAGAGACCUGUAAGACCACGGCGUGGCCUAUCACUCGACCGUCUGAUGCCAAACACGACACGACCACCAUUGCACCAUGCCGUGACAAUGGAAGCGCCGCGACGCCCUCGAUCUAACAGGCCACCACUGCGUCGAUCAAUUCGUCUCGAAGACGAUGAAGGUGCCGCGGAAGAGCGACGCCGUGUUUUCGGCCACGGACCUCGAGCUCCGUCAUUUGAUGAGGGAGACGUAAGCGAUCAUGAAUGUGAAUGCCAGCGUGUUUCCCUCGAAAGGUCUGGCCCCUCUGCUGAAACGCCUGAUGAAGAUUACGAACCAGAGUUUGUCGCCUCUCCUCAUAUGGAUAAACCUGACUCACGAGCACGCGGUGCUUCAGCAGACCGUGUGCUCGACCAACGUGUACAUUUGACUCCUCGCGGACCAUCCAGAGCUCACUCUCAGGGCGUGUUCGAAAGACGUUUACCUAAAAUAUAUAAAUUAGGGCUUAUUGAUAAGUCAAAACGAGCAAGCUCGAGCGCCCUUUACGAAAGAGCAGAUAGAUCGCCCACUGAGGCAUUCUAUAAUGCUACAGGUUCUACACGACUAAGUUCACAAGAACUUUUUGAAAAGUUUUGUUCAGAAGAUUUUACUUCACUGUACGGGAGAGAAGAAUAUAGACCUCGCCGUCCUCCACACUCUAAAUCAACUGGAAGCAGUGGCUCAGAUGUACGUUACGAGAGAACUUGUUGUCGACGCAUACCAUGUGGCUCACAACCUACUUUAAAUCGGCGUCAUCACUACCACACUCCGCGGUCUGAUCGGUCAACAGAUUCGGACGAUACAUCGCCCGGGAGAACAAAUUUUCGUAUUCCUUCAGAUAUAUACGAGCAAAGUAUAACUGAUUACCCGAGAUCAGCUGCACUACUAAGUCCUGAUAAGUUCGAAGCAAGGUUUACGUUUGAUAUAUCUGAACGCAGCGAAGUCACUUCGUAUCGUGACGAAACUCCGUCGGAUGCAACAGAAACGAGAAAUCUUACUCUGUAUGAAGAGCCCCAUUCAGAUCGUACGAGUAUUUGCGAAUUAUACGAUGCAGCUUUUUCUUCACAUCGACCAUCAUUCAAACGUCAUAGUUCACGUCGUCAAUGUGGCCCCUUUGAUUUGAGCAAUCUAGAUUUCCGUGCGAUUGAUGAUGAGAGUCCACGAACCAGCCGCCGUACAUCGCAGCGAAGUAUGGACGAUACUAUGCGUCAAACUUCAGAAUCUCGUAGUUGGGCAUCAGAUUCUGUUUUCGCUACACCAGAACGUAGAGCGAUAACCACUACCACUACUUCACCGUCAUCUACAGACACUCGAAAGUUUGUCACGGCCUCGGAGCGUGCAGAAUCAGCAGCAGCAGACUCAACUCAAGCUGAUACGACUGCGGCUGAAGAACAACCCAGCGUGAUCGAGCGAACUGAAUACUCCUUAGCACUCGCUCUAGGUCGGAUAGACAUAGAUGGUUCCCCAGAAAGACCAGCUUCAACUCCAUCAGGUUUAGUUCGCAUAUCGAGUCGUCCUUCAAUGCUAAAAUUGGAGCCAAUAGAACCCGAGAGACUCUGUGGCGGCGCUGGAGAACAAGAAACAAUUGCAGCAUCACGUAAACGUCGAGGGGCCAGUGAGCCACGCCGCUCGGCUCGAUGUUUUCCUCUCUGAUGUCGCGCGGCGGCGCUGGCAUCGCCGCGUCGCAGCCGCCGCCACUACUCUGUGCCUUUUCGCUGCCGCUCAAAAGCGAACGCGAGUCUAAAAUUAGCCCUUCAAAACGAAUCGAACACUCGGGCUGUAGAGUCCUGUGUAGUUAUAGCUUAGCGGACUUUCUGUGUGUUCCUUUGUAGUAAUUGGAUAAACAUAACGGUCUCUUCGAGGCCAAGCUAGGAUAUUCUGGCGGUUUCAAUGUGGUGUACAUAAGUAAAGUUAUAGAUAAGAGGGUAUAAGAAAACGGAUCAAUGAAACCUUACCUUUGUCUAUCACUAACGGUAACUGCCAAACUCUUAAGUGUAAAUGAAUAUUUCUUUAACUUUUAAUAUAAGGUGGUAACGCAACGUCAUAGGCUAUGCCUGGUUACGUGCGUAGAGCGUAGAUUCUAAAUUUCUUAGAUAGCGAUCCCGAGGCUGAGGCACACGUCUCGCAGUCCAUGACUGACACAGGGUCCUCAUUUAGCUUAAACAUUACAGGUUCGUAAUAUAUGUCAUUCGAUACAUGUAAUUAGAGUCAGAUUUAUUGUUAUAAUUUGAAUAAUAUAACUUCACACCAUAAUCCAGAAAGGACUUUGUUUUAAUGUUUAAAUAUUGUUUACGUCCCGAUCGUUUUAAGGUGUCAUUAAUUUAAUAAUAUCUUUUAAUAAUUAUCUAUGAGAAAAACUAGGACUUUUUAAAGAUUUCCCCUACUUAAUUACAGGGGUUUAUAAUAGAAAUACGGAGAACCAAAGAGAUCGUAUUAUGUGUCAUACUAUCUUUAUGAAAUACAGAAAAUGUACAUUAGACGUCACGUCGAAUUAUAAACUUCCUAUGCGGUCUUUCUAAGGCAAGUUAGACGUAAAUAUGCAUUCGCAAUUUCUCAGUUUAUAAUGCUUUAUUAUAUGUAAUCACAUUUCUAGUAAAAAAAUCUUUACUACAAACUCAAGUGAAUUGGUCCUAGAUAGUAGCUUAAGCCUUAAAUAUAUUUCUGAUUGUAAUAAUUUUACAGAAACAUAAUGAUAGAGUUUGUAUCCAAUUGAUAUUUGUAUUUAAUUUUCUUGGAGAGUUAUACAAUUUUUCUUAGACUAAGUAUUGUCCAAAAAAUUGUUUUUGAUACUUUUAAGGCGAAUAUGUAUUUUUGUGGGUAAAUAAGUGACGUUUUACAUGUUUAAUUUGACUGCACAGUAAACGUUCAAUUAAAACAAUAUAGACACAGAUUUAGUACAACAGACUGAUUAAUCUGCCAAAACACUAAAAGUUUAGAAAAGCUUUUAGUUCUUCAGUAGACUUUAUUUUAAUUUCUAUUUUCUAGUCACUGCUUAAAUGUAGGAAAUUUAUUAAUAUUUUAUACUAGAAAAAAACUGUUUUUUCCAUAACAAAAUUACAUGGAGUUAAAAUAAUUAACCUUGUAUACUCGUAUACAAUAAGAAAUUUUCCAAUAUAUUUAGGAUACGAAUCCUACCUAGUCAUUUAUUAGAACUUUAAGUUCCGAGAGAAGUUAGCGAGAUGUUAUUUUCAUUUUUAUACAUCUAGUCUUAAUGUGUAGUUUUUGGGUUGAGUCAACUUUGGCUUCAACCGGCGUAAGAUUUUCCAUUCGCCAUGUGCCAAUGUGAUGUAAAUUUUCUUACAUUUUCAAAGUGUAAUUCGUAGCAAAAUCAAAUAUAUUUAUUUACUUAGAUCGUUUACAAGUAAAAAUAUAUAAAUAAUUAUUGUACGCGUAUGCGCGAUGUAUUAUUAUUUAAUUAAAUUUCUAUGUACCUAUGCCCUCAAACUGGCAAGUGUUAUAUAUUAAAUAUGAGUAGUACUAUAUUUAUUUAUUAUUGAAGUUUUUAUAAGAUUUAGAUUAGUUAUUCGUAUGUAAUGAUUAUUGUGUACUGUUUAAAUUAUAUGCGUCCUAACAAAUAAACCAUUUUCAUAGAAUAUAUUCUUAAACGCACAAGUUACAUUAUAACAACAUUUUGAUAAAAAUAAUUGAUAAAAUGAAUAUCAUAGAACCUUUGUAUAAAUAGCCCCGAGCCUAUUUGAUGUUCUCGAUUAUCCUGCUGCUUGUAUAAAUUUAAAAAAAAACUGUUAUUUCCUUUAUUAUAAACAGUAUUUUAGACCUAGACGUUCCUUAUUGCUCUAGAUUUAGAUAGUUUAGUUAAACAUAUUUAUCGAGAUAUCCUCCCUCGAUGGACUUCGUCGCUGGACGCAGUACUUAUUUAUAUUGUAAUAAGUUAGAUAGAGAAAUAGAAAAAUAAAGUAUUUAAAAUGUAGUCGUAAAGGUAAGAAUAUGGUUUUUGUUCUUUCCCUAUUAGCAAGAUUAUUAUAUCCGGUAUUUAUAUUUUAUUAAUGGUUAUUGUUUUGUUAAAUGUUUAAAAAUAAUAGAUGUGUAUAAUUGUUUUCUAGUCUUCCCAUUUAUACUUAUAAACUUCCGCGCUUGCUUUGUCUUUAUUGUAUUUUGUGCUAAUUACGUAAAUACGUGGACCAUUCUCGAUGUUUUAGUACCUAUGUGUAAGCACAUUUGUCAAAAUUUUCAUUUUAGGUUCUAAGUAAACUGUAUGAAAGUUGCUGCACCGACCAUCAUCGUUUAUAUAGGAAUAAUGGCUCAUAUUAUUUAUCAAAUAAAGAUAUGUCUAGUUACAGUACAUAGUACGUAAAUCAUAAUGAAUAUUGUAUACUAUAUACAAGUAUUGAUGAAUUUGGUAAUAUAGCGAAAUACAAUUUGUAAUUAUUUAUAAAAUAAUUAUUAUUAAUUACGUGUAAUUGUAAUAUUUAUAUAGAAACAUUGUGAUUUCAAUUUUCAACUCCCACAACAUAUUAUUGCAUUAAAUCAUUAAAGUAUUGUUGUCAUGGAUGUUAAUUAAAGUAAUUUUAAAAAUUUAUACAUGGAAUUAAUGGAAAUAUAUUUAUUUGUUGUA